AUGUUGAAUCUUGUGAGAGGAAAUAGGAGUUUUUGUUGUAGGUUGGGGCACGAGGCGAGUCUUGUGAGGUUUGAUCCUAGUGGGGAGAGGUUUUUCAUGGUGGUGAAUUAUAAAGUUGGUGUUCAUCAGCCUGAGGAUGCGAAGCUUCUUUUUGAGCUUGAUAAUGGUAGUCAUAAGCGUAUUCUAUGUGCUUCUCCAGGAGAUGUGUGA